UGCAGUGUUACGAGAGAAAUAUUUUGAAAAAGGAGACAAGCGACUGUCAUCACAUACGAGCAGAGAAAUCAGUGAAACAGCGACAGGGGGAUUCUAGCACCGAAGGGUACAAGAAAUGAAGUUAACUUUUGGGACGAUACUUACCUUACUUUGGGCGUUUUCUUCUGCCAGGGUGAACGCAGAUGAAGAGCAGACAAAAGCAACAGACACUACGGAAGACAGAGUUAAGCGGUCGCCUUAUGUUCCCAAAUUCAUCGGCAAACGCGAUGACGAAAGCGAAGACGCAUUGCAAACAUUGGAGGCUGCUAUUCGGAAAGAACUUCUGAAGCAAGAGCCUUAUGACAUUUAUCCACUUGACAGCAAUGGCGCUUUUGAGCGAGAUACUCGCUUAAACAGACAAUUAUUUGUUGGCAAGCGCGAUAGUAACCCGCUCGGGAAAAGAGAAAACUAUAUACCCCAGAUGGGAUUCAAAAGAUCAACACUUUUGAUACCCGAAUCCGAUGAAAUUCAGGACCUUGGUGCAAAUAAACGAGCAGUGCACCCAUUAUUUGUCGGCAAGCGCAGAGCACCUUAUUUCAUAGGAAAACGCCGCAUGCAUCUCGUCGUUGGUAGGGGAGGAAACAUGAAUGCUCCAAAACUUGUCGGCAAAAGAGGAACUCCUUUGCUUGUGGGCCGACGGAGGGUGGACAAUGAAGACAAGCCUAUUUAUUAUAGCUAUAUAGCACUACGCAGAUGAUUCCAAUAAGGAAAAUCUUCUUACAUCUGCAUUAAGAAGCUUGUCAGAAAACAGACUUAAUUCAAGAGAGGAAACUUUAGCGCGAUCUCCAGUUAACAUCAAUGGGGAUUUCCAGGAAAAUACCGAAAAUUUUGAUCCCGAUCAACUUCAAACACAGCAAAAUUUGGACGAAAAUUGUUCAGAUUCUAUCCACUCCCCUUUAGAAGAACAUGGGGACGAAUAUAAUGAACCUGAAAAUCGAAUUCCGAUUGAAAACAAUAUGGAAAAUCAAAGAAUUAAAAAAUAUUCUGAAUUUCUAGGAAAAAGAUUUUCUGAAUUCUUGGGGAAACGCGGACUACUAAAGAGGUAUUCAGAAUUUAUUGGCAAACGACUACAUCAUGGCAAACGUUUUUCAGAAUUCCUCGGCAAGCGUAGUCGUGAUAAAAAUAAUUCUGAAUAUCUCGGGAAAGGAGAUCAUAUUACAAAACGAUAUUGGGAAUUUCUUGGAAAAAGACAUUCCAAAGGUAAACGCUAUAGCGAUUUCCUAAUGGGAAAACGGUACAGCGAUUUUCUGAUGGGGAAAAGACAUCACUUAUAUAACAAAAGGCAAGGGGAGUGGUUGGGAAAAUGAACACAAAAAUUUGUUUUAUCAUUUCUUAAUGUUAUAUCUAUAAAACAUAUCAAGAAUAUUGUAAUUGUUCUCAAUGUUAUACAAAGACUUGAAUUCCUUGAAAUUUAUCUGUAUAUUAAUCAUAUGGAGUUGCUCAAUAAAAUAAAUUUGUAAAUAU